AUGGCCGCCCGCGCCGUGUGUGCCUUGUCGCGCCCGGCCAUCUGCUGCUCCGCCGCCACUGCCGGCUCCCGUUACGCCCCGCGCCCGCUGCCCCCCGCCGGCCCUCCGCAAGCCGAAGACCGCCCUCCUGUCCCCGUCUCCGCCGGCCGCCGUGUGUGGUCUGCGUACUUCGAGACGUGCCACUUGUCUUCCCCUCGGCGGCACUGGGACGGUUCUGCCACUGAGCAGGGGAAACUGGGUGAAAAUAACAGAGGCAAUUUUGGCUCGGCGCGCCGCUCCCUGGGGCAGAUAGGCGCGCUAUCUCGGCUGUCCCGCCGUCCGAGCGGCUGCGCAUCUUGCCGGCGCGGUGGCGGCGGCGGCGCCCACCCCCUCACUGCUGGAUGCUGGCGACUGCGUCUGGCUGGCUGCAGCUGCUAUCAUUUUUCCACACGGCUGGCCGCCGGGACGCGCGGCGACGCCUGCCGACGCCCGAUAGGACGCCGGCCGCCGCUGGCGACGCCGCCCCCUCCCACUACCUCCUCCGCACCUCCCCCCCUCCCUCCCUACUCCCAGCGCCGCCGACCUGCGGCGGAGCGGCAGAGCCGGCCGGCGGCCGAUAACAUGGAAAUGCGCGCCCCCGGCCAUCACAAAGAUAUGUCAAUCACGUGUGACGCCCGACUUUAUAGAAUAUAUACGGCGGCGGCGGCGGUGGCGCCCGCGGGCUAA